AUGGCUGAUAAUCAUGAGACCUUGUACGACUCUUCCGGUGAUGAAGUCAUCACCGGCACCCAAUACUAUCUCGUACCAGCGUUCAGUAGAGAAGGAGGUAAUGUUAUCUAUGAGUUCACUGAUUUGAACAUCCAUUUCCCUUCUCAACUCUGUAAGCUUUCUCAAAAUGCGUGGACUGUCAGUUCAUAUGAUAGAAGAGUGCAGGGUGCAUUGAUCAUUACAGCAAAUGGGAGGGUAGGAUCCCCAGGACCAAUUUGGUUCAAGUUUGAGAAGUUCAGCGACAAUGUAUACGUCUUGCUUUUCGAUCCAUCAGUUGGGACAUUACCUAAGGGCUAUAUUGGGAUGCUUUCUGGGUUCGAUGGGCGUCCUGCUCUGGUUUGUAACCCACCCUUGCGUUUGAAGAUUGUCAAAACUUCAGAUGUUCCCCAAGUUAAAGAAGUAAGACUCAACAAGAAGGCAAAGAUUGCUAGUGUUGUUUAG